CUGCCAACAACUCGCCCCCACAAUAGACAUCCCCCGUUUAUUGUUGUGAUCGUCCAGCCUUCCUCUUUACGAGUAUUCUUGCGCGCACAUUUUCUUAUGAGUCUGGAUCUGGAUGCAUUUACUACGCUUUCACGCUUCACCAACAACGUAACCUUACUCCAGGACUUUUCGUUAGCGCCGCUGGCUUCCAAUGGCAUCAAUCGG